AUGGGUUUGGGGGGGGGGUGUAGGGGAGGGAUUGGGAGGGGUUUGGAAGUGUUGUGGGGGUAUGGGUGGUGGGGUGGUGGGGGGGGGGGUGAAGAUGGGUGGGGGGGGGGGGGGUGGGGAUGGGUGUUGGGGGGGGGGGGGAGGUGGAUGGGUUAUGGGGGGUUUAUUGGGGUGUGGUGGAUUGGGGGGUGGGGGGUGGUUGGAUGUUAUAUGGUAUUUUUUAGUGUUGUGGGGGGGUUGUGGUAUGUUUUUUGGGGUUUGGUGGGGGUGUGUUGGGUUUGUGGUUUGUGUGUGGGGUGUUGUGUGUUUGUGGGUAUGUUGGUUGUGUAUGGUUGUUGUUUUGGUUGGGGGGGGGUGUUGUUGUGUGGGGGUGGGGGGGGGGGGGGAUGGGGGGUGGGGUAUGUGUUGGGGGGUUUGUUGAUUGGUGGGGGGGGUUUAAAUGGAAGUAGGGUGUGGGUGUGGGGGUUGGAUGGGUGUUGA